CAACAUGGCGGACAUGUCGCCUACGAGUUGAAUUAAAGCACAUUUUAUACUUAACGAAGUUAGGGACAAGAACAGUGAGUAGUAAGGUUAGAAUAUAUCGUUUUCAAGAUAGUAACUGCAGUCUACUGAGAAUGAAAGGCAAGGAGCGGUCGCCCGUGAAAAAACGCUCGCGUAUUCUGGACGAUAUUCGAGACACUGGAGGAAGCCACCCAAGAAGUAAGAAAAUGGUAGCUCUCUCGGCGGCAGGCAGUAACGGGAAUAGUUCUGUCAAAAGUGGUGGUUCGGUAAGACGGAGUUUACCAUCUGAAAAGAGAGACAGUCGAGAUUUAGACGGACAUGUGUCCAGUCGAACUGGGAGUAACCAUGAUUAUGCUAAUAAAACUGGUUCGAAUAGCAAGCUACACAUUAGCAUUGCUCUGGACCCCACGACAAGGAACAAUUCUCGCGGGGAACCGCGGUCUCUUCCGAGUAAUGAAAGUGAGUACAAGACUCUAAAAAUUAGCGAACUGGGCUCUCAGUUGAGCGACGAAGACAUUGAAGAUGGAUUAUUUCACGAAUUUAAGAAAUUUGGGGACGUGAGUGUCAAAAUAAGCCGAGUUAACGACGAAAGGGUGGCAUUUGUGAAUUUCAGAAGGCCCGACGACGCCAAGGCUGCCAAGCACGCACGCGGCAAGUUGGUACUCUAUGACCGCCCUCUAAAAAUUGAGGCGGUGUACAUGAACCGGAGGAGGAGCCGCUCCCCCAUCGAAAAAGAUCCAUAUGCAGGACACAGACAUUUGCAUGUCCAAAGACCCCUUUCACCAACGGGGCAAGGAUAUAGAGACUUCCGACUGCAGCAACUAGCCUUGGGUCGUCUCCCCCCUCCGCCCUCCCUCCCUAGAGAACUGGAAAGAGAGAGGGAAUUUUCUAUCUAUGAAGCCAGGGGCCGACCACCCUUCAUCCCUGACUGUGCAGCUUUCUGCGAGGAGGACCUCCUCUCCCCUGAAGAUGAUCAGCGGGCCAACAGGACGUUGUUUCUUGGCAACCUCGACAUCUCAGUGACAGAGAAUGACUUGAGGAGGGUGUUUGACAGGUUUGGGUUGAUCACAGAGGUGGACAUCAAGCGGACAUCCGCUCGCGGACAGAACAGCACCUAUGGAUUCCUAAAGUUCGAGAACCUGGACAUGGCUCACCGUGCUAAGAUCACCAUGUCAGGAAAAGUGGUGUGUCACAACCCUAUUAAAAUUGGCUAUGGAAAAGCGACCCCCACAACCAGGCUGUGGGUGGGGGGUCUUGGCCCCUGGGUCCCCCUUGCUGCCCUGGCCAGGGAGUUUGACCGUUUCGGCACCAUUAGGACUAUAGACUACAGGAAGGGGGACACAUGGGCCUACAUCCAGUAUGAGAGCCUGGACGCUGCCCAGGCCGCCUGCUCCCACAUGCGUGGCUUUCCUCUGGGUGGUCCUGAGAGGAGACUUAGGGUGGACUUUGCCGACACAGAACUCCGCUACCAGCAACAGUACCUGCCGCCUCACUUUGACCUAGUGGCAGACUCGUUCGUCCACCGGCCCACCCUCGAGGCCAUCAGAAUCAGAGAGAGGAGCCCUCCACCCUCACUCCGCUUCAGGGAAAGGGAACUGUACAACGCUGACUGGGCUGGCCCAGCGGUCUGUGAGAGGGUGCGAGGGGCAGCUUUUGAACCCGUGGAGCACCUGGAGAGGCGUUCACGGGAACCCUGGUCUAUGGAACGUGAACGGGAGCUGCAGAGCCGAGACCAGGCCCGAAAAUGGCGCCUCUUAGAGGACGGGCGUCGCCCGGACCGCUCACCAAACAGCAGCGAACAUGGGCGUCGUCGCCAUGGCACCUCUCUGGAGCGCAGCCCUGGUGGCAGCAGCCGGGACGGGGGGCGCUACAGUCCCCCACGCUCCGAUAGACCCUCUCCCGGCAGAAAGCAGCGGGGCAGCCUAGACCGUGGCCCUGGGGACAAGAGGCUGCGGACAGUCAGCCCAGCCUUACCAGAACGUGACCGCAAACGCAAAGCCAAUGACUCAUGUACAAGCCCUGUAAAGAGGGAGGACCGCUCUGACCAUCCCUCCUCUUCCUCUUCCAUGGCCAGCCUGCAGUCUAAGCAGGGGGCCUGGGGGCAGAAGCUGUGUCAAGCCUGGCAGGGUGUGCUCCUGCUGAAGAACAGCAGCUUCCCCACCUCCAUGCACCUGCUAGAGGGGGACUUAGCUGUGACAACCGGACUACUGGUGGAGAGCUCCACUGGUGGCCAGGUGUCCCAGCUGAAGAUCACCCAGCGCCUGCGUCUGGACCAGCCCAAGCUGGACGAGGUGUCCCGUCGCAUCAAGACAGCAGGCCCCAGCGGCUACUCUGUCCUCCUGGCUGUGCCCGGGAGCUCCGAGGAGGGGCCCCAGGACGUGGGAAGCUCCACCGAGAGGCCUCUGAAGAACCUGGUCUCCUACCUGAAGCAGAAGCAAGCAGCCGGCGUCAUCAGUCUGCCCGUGGUCGGCAGCCGCGACAAGGACGGCGCAGGAGUUCUUCACGCUUUCCCCCCUUGUGAUUUCUCCCAGCAGUUCUUGGAUGCCUCAGCUAAAGCCCUUGCCAAAACCGAAGAGGACUACCUGGUGAUGGUCAUUGUCCGAGGAGCCUCAUAAAAUGAGAAAAAGUGAAAAUCAUUAAGGUGUGAUGUAUUGGUAGCACAUACACACCCACAAUGUGUUACGGGAUUUAGCUGUCAUUGAAACAGGGAACAGGGUGGGGGGUUGAUAGCUUUUUGUCUUGCUAAAAGUAGAACUUCUUGGCAGAACACAAUGCUAUAAUAAGUCAUUUGGUAAUCAACAAUAACAAGCCUUUCAGAUAUUUGAAGUUGUCAACUCAGCAUGCAUUACAUUCUAUUGUUGGUCUACUUUUAAUGGGAACAAUUUAAAUCGCAAGAAGUGGAUACAUUUAAUUGAAAAUGGUUAAGUCAAAGUACUCACCUUUCUCUAAUUGCGCGACUACAUUGGUUAUUGCCUUCUUAUUUGGAAAAAAUCUGACUUCCAUUGUAUUUGCAUACAAUCAUUUCUCUGGUGUCAAGUCUUGUUUGCUAUUCAUUGCAGUAGAACAUAAAAGCAUAUAAAGAUUAAUCUGAGACCUGAAAAAACUAAGUGUAGUUCAGUUUUAUCUCCUCUCAGUUGAAUUUCUUACACUUACUCAGACUGGUCAUAGAUAAGCCAUGCCAUAAUUUAAGAGCCCUGUGAAGGUGUGUGUACUACAAUAGCUGUAAGACGAUACAGUUUUCACUGAUUUGAAAGGUCUGCCAUUGCAUUGCCAAUUUUACUAAUAUAUUAUUGAUGUCUGCUUUAUUUGACCAAUAAGAAUAUACCAGUCUCUAUUAUCAAGCAGACAAUUUAAAGGGGCAUGAACGUUUUUGAAAUUCAGUUAUUUACAUCAAAGCCUACCUGAAAUAUUCUCAAAUCGAACAUUUCUGUUUGAUAAGGUCUUACUUAUUUGAUCCAUAAUUGGGAAGAUUUUUAUUAUUUCUAAUCGCCAAAGCGCUCCCAUUUUCACCUACUGUAUCACCGACUCUUUGCAUGGCACCAAUAGCACCCACAGUUAAGUUUGAAUUUUCAAUGUUUGAAACAAUAUUUUGUGUGAUACAUUAUAAGAGAAUCUAGGAUAUCAGAGUUUGUUUUACAAGUGUUGCAUUGCCCUGCUGACUUUAUAGAUUAUUAGUAAAAAAAACAAGUCUCAUAACAGAUUAUUUUGAGUGGUCUAAUUUAAACGUGCCAAUUAGUUAGGCAAUAUCCAAAUAUUGACUAUUAGCGUAAAUCCAGAAUGGUUUUGAUUGUCAACAGUUCUAUGUUCCUUGGGUUCAUUCAAUAGAGAUGAUGCCACACAAAUUCCAUAGAGGGUAUUAUUUUUGACUAAAUAAGAACUACCACCAUUUUCCUGUGCCACUGAGGUCCUUGAGGUCAGGAUGUUAUCCUGGUUUUUAUAUUAUGAGUAAUGUUAUUUCCAACAAUCAUCCCACAGAUAAAUGGUUAUGAGUUAAUUUGAGGUAAUUCUUUCACUAUAUAUAGUAAAGAGGGAAAUCAAGCUUACAACAAAUGACGAUGGCCCCUCAUGGCAGUAAUAUGUGUCCCUUGAUGACUUCCCCUUUUGGCUCUGAGAGAACUGUCUAGAAACCCUUUAGAAACUGCCUAGCCUUCCAAAAAGCUAGGUGGAGCCAUUUCACAUAGUCCUUGCAGUUCCACAAAAGUGAGUUAUCAAGGAGAGAAGGAAAGUAGUUUAUCUAACUGGAAUUUCUCCAAUGAGUUCAAUCAGUUAUGUCAAAUUUAUGACUGAAGGACCAAGAGUAUGUAUGUAUGUAUGUACUUAAAACAUAUAUAUAUUUUAACAAUAGGUUUAGCUCAAUGAUAUACUUAAAUUAUGUUUAGAGUUCAACUAAGGAUAAGGUUUGUUGACUGGCAUUAGGCAUAUGUAUCAAAAUCUCUCCAAAUACUACAGUUAAAGUUAAUUUAGAUAAUUGGUGAUUUUCAAUUUGGCGUUUACAUUAAUUGCCAACUUUAUACUUGGGGAACUCACCAGUAGUGUUGUUAAUGCCAUAGCCUUGUGCUUCUACUUAGGAUUCAACGUGUAUUGGCAUUUUAUUGAGAGAAAAAACUACAUUUUUAUUUCAAAAUGUAGUUUAAGUGACAUUUCUUGUAUAAAAUUAUUACUGUAUGUAUGCUAUGGACACUUCAGAUUUGAGCAAGGGAUACCAGUGGAAAACACCACCAUACCACCGUUGGACAUUGGAAAACACCAUACGCAAAAAUACCCCAGAAUGCACAGGGGCAAGGGUCCUUUGCACAGUGGCCCUUCGUGCAUUUUACAGAAUUUACUGCUCGUUGUGUUAAUGCUUUGUGAUGCCAGUUCCCGUGUUUGAAAUGGAAAAUGUGCUUUGUGCUGUGUCUACCUGAUUUCUGGAGAAAAAAUGGAAACCGCAAUUGCACAUGCGCCUAAGACGUAGUUGUCAAAAAAACACAAAGUGCGGCUUGCACUUCAUAGAUUUUGUUUCGGUAUCAAUAAAUGUUCUUUCGUGGGGAAA